UGGAGCUCACAGUGCAGCAGCAGCAGGAACUCAGUCCUGUUGAGUCGCAGUUUAAUGUAUGAGCCAUGGAUCAGUCUGCUCCAGUUCCACAUUACCUGCAGCACAGGGAGCUUCUCUAACACUGGGAGCCAACUUUAUCUUUUGUAGACGAUCAUCUGGUGUCAGUGGCAGACAGCGUGCCAGUAAGAUGCAGCCGCAACUGUGCUGACCAACAGCAGCUCGACAAGUCACAACACUGGACAGCUGGCUGAGCUGCAGCCUGGAUGUGAUACUGGGUCAGCAAGUGAAUUUGUAACCCUGCUUUGGUGUGCGAUGUGUGGACCUGCCCUCCCCCUGUGUCUGCUCCUUUGGAUAGUGGGAGCAUCUGUUUUCAGGACUCAUGGAGAGGUCAUAGCCCCUGCCAGCCUGACAGCAGAGGCAGGUCGCCCCCUCACGCUCGGCUGCAACAUCACCACGGCUGUGGGCGACACCGUGCGGCAGGUCCGCUGGCUCAACAGGCACGGCAAGGUCCUCCUGGCCUACGAGCAAAGCGUGCCUGUGCGCAUCAGCCACCGUGACCCCAGCGUCCAGCUCUCCGCCCACCACAACGACGCCAGCUACAUCAACAUCACUAGGGUACGGGGCGAUGAUGAGGGCUGCUAUCGCUGCAUCUUUGAUGUUUACCCCAAGGGUUCACAAGAAGCCAGGACGUGCAUCAGAGUCACUGGUAAAGUGCGGCUGAUGGGCAACAAGACUGCCAUAAGCGGGAAGAUGGCCACCCUCUCCUGCUCGUACAGCCUCCCUGAGAGGGUGCACCAGGUGCUGUGGAGGAAGACGGCCGAGCAGGGCGACACCACCACCGUGGCUUCCUACAGCAAGAAAGGUCACUACAACGUAGAGGAGCACUUCAAGGAUCACGUUGGCCUGAGCCGAACUCUGGACGACACCCAGCUGACCAUCCGGUCGGUCAGGACGGAGGACGAGGCCUGCUACACCUGCGAGUUCCACACAUACCCAGACGGCAUCAAGAGGGCCACCGCCUGCCUCUCUGUCUACGUUUUACCCAAACCAGAGGUGAGCCACGUGACCUCGUCCUCAGGGGUCACCGAGGCCAACUGCACCGCCCUGUCCCGCCCUGCAGCAGACAUCACGUGGAACAUCGACAGGGACAACCGGACGCUCGGACCGCCCAUUUUGUCUGCCUACGAUCAGGGCGACGGCACCACGGUGGUGACGAGCACAAUCUUCUUCCAACCAGGGGUGCUCAACGACCUGUCCGUCAAGUGCAUCGUGCACCACCAGGGUUUGGAGAAACCCCUGAUGGUGUCUCUCAACACGGGCGUGGGUCCAGCCAUGGUUAUCCUCCUCUCAGUGUGCGGUGUGGCUACCGUCUUCCUCCUCUGUCUGUGUGUGUGUCUCUGCAAGUGCUUCAUCUGUACUGACGACUGAUUCGGAGCCCCGGCGCCACCGCUGCUUUGAUGAAGGUCCAGUGGAGGCUCUGAGCCUGACCUAGCUGCUCAGCACCGUGCCCUCCGGCUCAGUGCGCAGGGGAAGAGAACAGAGCUUUCACAGAGCUGAGCCAACACUGCUGGUUCUGCUUCCAUGGACUGGGCUGAGGCACUGGUAGUGCAGACACAAAUAUACUACAAAGUAAACUGAACUAAAACCACAUUAUUUAAGGGUAGGUAUUACACUUUCACACAGUAGAACAGUUGCUGAGGAAAUCCAUCCAAUAAGAAUAGAGGGUUUUUGGAGCUGAAUCAGUAUCUUGUGCCAUCAUGAAGGUCCAGUGGUUCAGAUUUUUAUUAUUAGAAGUUAUACAUUUAGUAGACUUUGCUCACUCAGUUUGACCUGUUCUGACUUUGUUGGGAGCUUAUAAAUUAUGAAGAAAAACAACUUAAUUUUUAAAAAUCAUCAACUGAAAUCUAAACUGAACUCAACGAACUGCAGGAUCUGCUGCCUCAGAUCUCUUAAUAUAUGUAAAAGUGUCUUAAAAUUCAGUAUAAGCAAGUAAUUGAUAUCAUAUUUGGAAGCUAUUUAAAUAUAUGUGAUGAAUAGUGACCCCACAGGGUUUGAUAAAUCAAUACAUCAUUAGAGAACUGAUUAGAAAAUAGCUGCCUUUAAAAAAUACUUUUUUUCUAUAUCCUCUUAACUCCUCCAGACUUUAAAUUCUUUAUAUAUGACAAACAUUUUUCAUGAUUAAAUAAGCAACAGUCAAAGUUAAAGAUUAAGUUUGAUUAUGUGUAAUUUAUUAAGAGAUUAAUUCUGAAAAAAGCCCAGAAACAAAUCGUCAUCAGGUCACUGUCAUUAGACUGUCGGUGUGUGGAUGAACAGAAUGUGUCGUCACCUUUUUCCAGCUGAACACACAAACAAACACUUUUCCAACUUUGGCAGAAAAUGUUGUCUUCACUCAGCAGACUGAGAAAAUAGUUUUUAUAGACGUCAGUUUUUCUUUGUCACUGCCGCCUGAUUGAUGUGGAUCUCAGAGAAGGCCACCACAGGGUGUUGCGUCACCUGAAAGCCCUCUAUUUGUGGUUGUCAAGUAGAGAAGGAGGAUGAUUAAAAGGCCACCGUGCCACUUUUGAUCAAGACUUACAAGAAAUCAAAAAGUCGCUGUGGAACUGAGGCUAAAAUGUGACUUUUAGUAAACCGGCUCCGUGUGACUCAGACUGAAAGGAUGGUUUGAGUGGGAAAGACUGAAAGGUUUGUUAUUUAUAGCUGCAGCGCUGUGCGGGACAGAAAGGUGGUCGACUUGGUUCACACCGCCCCAAAACCAUUCCCUGUGUGGACAAACCCGACAGUUAUGAAUCACUGUUUGCGUAUGUGACAGUAACAGAAGGUGUUUGUGUCUGCGUGAGUGUAUUCUGAAAGUGAAGUGUGUCUACAUGUGUGUGUGGAUUUGUUUGCAUUGAUGUACAGUAUUUCAACCAUAGUGUUAGAGUCUAGCCUUUUAUUUACAGACUUGGGAUAAUAUUAAUGCAGGCCUAUGGGCUGUGUACAGUACAGAUAAUUUUGUAGAAAACCUCAUUUAUCAAAAAGAAAAAAAAGAUCAUGUAUUCAUAUAAGGAUUAGAAUUAUAAACUUAACAUUUACUUUCAUGUUGAAGUCAUUGAUCUGUAUAUGAAGAAGAUUAUAAAGUUUAAAUGUUUCAAAACGUAGCUAAAAUACAUUUAAGUUUGGUGUUUAAUAUUUUUGUCAGUGUCACCAGUGUCUUGUUUUUGAGCAGUAUUCACUCUUUAGUAUCUGUCAGAGUUGAUUAAUAGUUUCCUGUGCUGGUGCUGGGUGGAUCAGCACCAGCUGGAAGAAAUAAAACCUGCUUUACCUGC